CUACGGGCACACUAUUAACCACAUCCACAUCAGAAGUCUGAAGUUUGAUUUAAAAACUCUCACGAAACUUAUUUAAAACCAGGUGAAAUAGAUUCUACAUACAUUCUGGAGGAGAGGCAAGCUGAAGCAGUAUGAGUGGCAAGCAGGUGGUCGUCUUUCUGGGCAGUGUCCUGAUCCUGGGAUGCCUGCAAGUGGCAGCGGCCACGGAAACGGAUAACAAAACCAGCGAUUUCGUGGCCACAGACGAAUGGCAGACGAUUGCGGAAGGUCAAGCUAUUCCCAGGGGUCUGCACGUGCGCAUCAACCUACAAACGGGGCUCAAGGAAGCCAAACUCUUGGACGAAAGCGAACGUGGCACGUCGCUGCAGAGUCAACCGGAUGAUCAGAAUGCUCGGGAAGCUCGCGAUGACAACGAACCCCUGGCUCUGGACUACAAGCCGGACAUUAUCGAGGAGUCCAUACGUCGGGUCAAGGAGCAGAAGAAGAGCUAUGCCGAGCUACGCAAAGCGUACAAAGAGUUCCAAAAGAACUUUCGCACGGACGGAGAGCUGAUCGUCCAGUUGAUCGACCAGUUCCGAAACUUCAGCAGGACGCCGCUGGAGUCGGAGAUGCGCUCCAAGCUGGACUGCCUGGAGAAUCUGGAGUAUUUGCUCCAUCAGAUAGACAAUGCCCUGAUGUUCGUUGAUAAUGGGGGAUUGGAUGAUGUCCUACUACCCAUUGUUGUGAACGAUACCAAUCCAUCCCUGAGGGUGUCGGCCAUGCGUGUGUUGGGCUCGCUGGCGAGCAACAAUCCCAAGGCCCAGAUCAAGGUGUUCGAGAAGAACUUCGGUUCUCAUCUCGCUCAGAUUCUGACCAGUUCCGGAAAUGUUGGUGAGAUCUCCGCCGCGUUGCACGCCUUUGGAGCCCUGUUGCGGAAAUUUCCGCUAGCCCAGCAGCGAGUGCUUUCCACCUCGGGUACACAGGCUCUGAUCAAGGUGCUCCAGAGUCCGGAUGUGGAGCUGCGUAGCAAGGCGAAGGUAGUGACCCUCAUAAGCGACCUGGUGCUGGAGAAGCGGUCAGUGCUGGAGGCCAGCAAAGAUGAUCCCGAAGCCUCAUCCACAAUGGCGCAAUAUGUGCUCUUAGACUUCGAGUCCUGGCUGAAAACGCCGGGCUACUGCGCGGCGCUGGACACUGUGCUGACCAAGGAUUUCCUGCUCCUCCUGGAUCAACCGGAGGUGGUGGAACAGUUUGCCACCGCAUUGGAGACCACUGAGGAUAUGUGCACCAGCACGUGGUCGCAAAGUUCCGGUCUCAGGCAUGCCCUGUUAACCGUACGCAAUCGGUAUGCCAACAGCACGGACGAGUACCGACUGGAGGUGUCCCAGAUCCUGGCCAAACUGUGCGAGAGAUUGUUCAACAAGCCCAAGCACACCGAACUGUAAUCCUAGCCAAUUUACCAUGUUAAUUAUGUUAGUUUCAUUUAAUUGAAAGCUGAGUUGGAAUGAAAUUCACAGCCAAACCAUAGAAUACGAUAGCUAAGAUGCCAAGUACUUGUGAUGCAAAAAUAAUGCUCUUUGUCAUUAACUUAGGAUAGCAAUCAAAACUUUGACUUUCCUAUGAAGAUUUCUCAACCAGACUGGAGAAUAGUCAUACCAAACUAGGAGCCCAUCUACAGGAUUUUCGUUAUUAAAUACAGUCUCUUAAUUAAGAUUA